ACUUUUUACAGAGUUUGUUAGAAAUCUUACCAUAGUUACUUUUUACAGAGUUUGUUAUACAAGCAUUAGAGCAAGAAUUGGAGUUGAAAAGCAGAGAGAGAAAUCAUGAGUGAGCGUUUUUAUACCCUUCAGUUUGAUGGCGCAUGCAGUGGAAAUCCUGGACCAGCUGGUGCAGGAGCUGUACUGUUUGAUGAAUAUGGGACUGUGCUGUAUCGUUUUCGCCAAGGGCUGGGAUAUACAACAAACAAUGUUGCUGAGUAUCGUGCAUUAAUCUUAGGACUGCAACAAGCAAUACUGAAAGGAUGUAAGAACAUCAAUGUGCAAGGAGACUCCCAGCUUGUUAUCGAUCAGUUUCAAGGUUCCUGUAGAAUUAACAACCCGCGUCUAAGGAGCUUGUGUGAUGAAGCUUUGGAGCUGAGCAAUAACUUUCGCAUAUUUGACAUCAAACACAUUUCUAGGGUCUAUAACACUCUAGCUGAUUCCCAAGCAAACCUGGCCAUUAAUCUCCAAGAGGGUCAAGUUGAAGAAGAUCGUCUCUAUUAAUGAUCUUGAAAGCAUAUGUCACAGUAAAAAAACUAUUUGGCAUCUAUGUUACAUUUCUGUCUAGCAAUUUAGCAUGUCAAAUGUUUGUAAUAUUGUCAAUUUGAACAUGCCUAUAGAUGUUCACCAUUAGGAGCACCUUAAGGACUUAAAUCUUAAGUUCAUAACUCUGAAUUUCUGUUUUUUAAGUUUUUAAAAUCACUUUUAUAUGUGAUACUGAUGAACCAUUACCAUAAGUGUUUGAUAUUAUGACCCAAAGGUUAA